AUGGCCAAAGGUAACCCUGGGCCAGCAGGCUAUAGGGGAGUUGCGCGUGAUUACAAUGUUAGGAUUGUCUCAGCAGUGGCACUCCCACUGGGCACGCAAACAAACCAUUUUUCUGAGGCAAAAGCAACCUACAUUGGGCUUAAAAUGGCUAGUCAUAGAGGAUUUAAGAAGGUAUGGUUGGAGAGUGAAUUGUUAAAUAUAAUAAAUUAUUUGAACAAAAAAUCUCCUCCUAGUUGGACGAUUAACCAUUUAAUGAAGGAAGGCUUUGAAACAAUGACCAAAUUUGAGGCUAUUAAAAAUUCACAUGUUUUGAGGGAGUGUAACAGACCUGCUGACCACAUGGCUAAUCUCAGUGUGGUUAGAGAUGAUGAAAAGUGGUGGCAGGAAGAGGAUUCUUUCUCAUUCCAGUUGUGGGAGUUGGCAAGGAACGACGCCGAAAAUCUCUCUUCGCUUGAAUAUUAA